AUGCGCCACACUCUGCACGUCCUGUUGCUGCUGCUGCUCUGCUGCUUCACCAGUUCUUUUGCCGCCGCCGAGCAUCGCUGCAUAUUUGACCGCAUUUCUCGCAAGCAUGCGCCCCCGAUGAGGGCAGUUGUGCGUGAAUUACCGAGCCGGGGGCGUGGCGGGACGCAGGUGUUGACUGCCUCUGUGUCUGGCUGGGCGCCCAUCCGUUUUAAGGUCUUCUCGGAGGACAUGAACAAUCCUUCCAAGUACUGCGGCGCUGCGGGAGAGCACCGCCCGGACUUGGAAGGAGGAGUCCGUGUGUGCCAGCAACAGGAUGUUCUUACGGCUGAAAAAAAGUCCAUCAUCUUGGAUCAGAUGCUUCCCCGAGCCAUACAGCUGCACGUGGAUCGUCUCCACGUUCAACCGGAGAAGCGCCCAGUGAUUGUUAAGAAUUUUUCGGCUGGAGACACAUGCGGCAAUUUUGAAAUACCCAGCUCCCACCACACGACGGGUGUGUCCGGCGCGGACAUGGUUUUGUACGCCGCUGCUGCACCGACUGAAAGUUUUACUUAUGCGUGGGCAUUGGGGUGCGUUGAGUUGCCCGAUGGACGUCCUGUGGUCGGGGUGAUAAAUAUUGGCCCGGGUUCAGUCACCUAUUCGGAGUUCAGUGUUCGUAUCGCGGCGCAUGAGAUCGCGCACACACUUGGGUUUGAGGUGGAAGUUUUUGAGGCCAGGAAUAUGACACGGACGAUACCUGAGGUUCGUGGAAAAGAAAACGUGCUUGUGGUGUCUUCACCCAAGACGCUGGAAAAGACUCGUGCGCACUUCAACUGCACAAGUGCCCCUGGAAUGGAGCUGGAGGAUGAGGGUGGGGGCACAACGCCAUCAUCGCAUUGGAAGAGACGCAACGCAAAGGACGAGCUGAUGGCUGGACUUCCCGGUGCCGGCUACUACACG